UCUCUCCCCUCUCCCUUUCACCCCUCCUCCUCCUCUUUAUCCAAAUGGAGAGAGUUCCUUUUUUCUCCCCCUUCUUCAUCUCAUCUAUUGAAGCAAGGGAGCUGCUGCUUGCUGCUGCCGCCGCCGCCGCCGCCGCUGCACACAGAGGAAGAAAGGGAGCGCGACGCACGCAUCGAGGAGAGAAAGAGCGGGGGGAAAGCAGCUGGGAGAGCUCCUAGAGACAGCUCUGCGCCCAGACAGAAUGGUACAGGGCACCGAGACAGAGCAGCAGCAACAGAAGCAACGGCGGCGGCGGCUCUUGUGAGGUCAAGGCUUUCGCUAGGCUUCGCUGGGGUGGCGAGAAAGAGAGCUCGGGCAGAGUCCGGCUUGCCUUCCAGCACCCGUGCGGCGAGGAGCCUGGAGAGCAACUCGAGCCGUAGGCGAAGUGGUCCGGGGAAGGAAGGCGAGCGCGCUGAGAUUCCCUGGCUACGCUCACCCGCGCACCCUGGAUGUGGGAAGCAGCAGCGGCGAAGACCUCCGGAUCCUCGCGAAAUGUUGCAAUGGAAGGCUCGGGGUCUGACUCGCCGGGAGCAGCUACAGCGGCAGCAGCGGCGGCAGCAGCGGCAGCCAACGCCGUAUGAAGCGGUCUGUCAGCAGCGAAUCUCCGCCAACCCAGCCAGUCCCCGGUCCCUCCGGAUCGUCCCGCAGCAGCAGCAGCGCGCUGGGGGGAACCUCAGAAGACCCAGCCUUUGGGUCGCCAAAACAACAGCAGCGGCGGCGGCUCUGUGGCGGCAACAUGGCCUCAGCUGUUAAUGCCUCGGAGCCGGAGAGCAGCGGCGACUGUGGUGGUGGUGGCGGCGGCGGCGGUGGUGGAGGAGGAGGAGGCGGCGGCUGCUGCAGAGUGCCAGAUCGACUGGGGAGAAGCGGCAGCAGAAGGCGGAGAAGGAUAGUGGAGAACAGACGCGCCGCGCCGCCCGAUCUGGAAUAUCUGCAGCGGCCGAGCUACUGCGAUGCGGGGUUCGCCUUGGAGCAGAUAGCAAAGGGGAGAGCUACUGGAAGAAAAGCGCCGCUGUGGCUGAGAGCGAAAUUUCAGAGACUGCUAUUUAAACUGGGCUGUUACAUUCAAAAAAACUGCGGGAAAUUUUUAGUGGUUGGCCUUCUGAUCUUCGGGGCUUUCGCGGUGGGAUUAAGAGCGGCCAAUCUGGAGACCAAUGUGGAGGAACUCUGGGUAGAAGUUGGUGGACGAGUGAGUCGGGAGUUAAGUUACACACGGCAGAAGAUUGGAGAAGAGGCCAUGUUUAAUCCUCAACUGAUGAUUCAGACACCACAAGAAGAGACUGCUAAUGUACUAACAACAGAAGCACUCAGACAGCACCUUGAUUCUGCACUACAAGCCAGCAAGAUACAUGUAUAUAUGUACAACAGACAAUGGAAAUUGGAACACUUGUGUCACAAAUCAGGGGAACCCAUCACAGAAACAGGUUACAUGGACAAGAUUAUAGAACACCUUUACCCUUGUUUAAUUAUCACACCACUGGACUGCUUUUGGGAGGGUGCAAAAUUACAAUCUGGGACUGCAUAUCUACCAGGAAAGCCCCAUUUGCAGUGGACCAACUUUGACCCCUUGGAAUUCUUAGAAGAGCUGAAGAAGAUAAACUCCCAAGUAGAUACCUGGGAGGAGAUGCUGAAUAAAGCAGAAGUUGGCCAUGGAUAUAUGGAUCGACCUUGCCUAAACCCUGACGAUCCCGACUGUCCUAUAACUGCCCCCAACAAAAAUUCAACCAAACCUCUUGAUGUCGCCCUUGCUUUAAGCGGUGGAUGCUAUGGGCUGUCAAAAAAAUACAUGCAUUGGCAAGAAGAACUGAUUAUUGGUGGCACUGUUAAAAAUGAUACUGGGAACUUGUGCAGCGCUCAAGCUUUACAGACCAUGUUUCAGCUAAUGACUCCAAAGCAAAUGUAUGAGCACUUCAAGGGUUACGACUACGUUUCACACAUCAACUGGAAUGAGGACAAGGCAGCUGCGAUCCUGGAAGCAUGGCAGAGGAUGUAUGUUGAGGUUGCUCAUCAAAGUCUUGCACAAAACUCUACUCAGAAGGUGCUUUCUUUUACGACGACGACUCUGGAGGACAUCCUAAAGUCAUUUUCUGACGUCAGCGUCAUCCGAGUUGCUAGCGGCUAUCUAUUAAUGCUUGCCUACGCCUGCUUAACCAUGCUGAGAUGGGACUGUGCUAAAUCCCAGGGUGCUGUGGGUCUGGCAGGAGUCUUGUUGGUUGCUCUCUCGGUAGCUGCCGGAUUGGGACUGUGUUCCUUGAUUGGGAUUUCCUUUAACGCUGCCACAACUCAGGUUUUACCCUUUCUUGCUCUUGGAGUUGGGGUAGAUGAUGUCUUUCUUUUGGCACAUGCAUUUAGUGAAACUGGGCAGAAUAAGAGAAUUCCAUUUGAGGAUAGAACAGGGGAAUGUCUGAAACGCACAGGUGCAAGUGUGGCCCUUACAUCUAUUAGCAAUGUUACUGCAUUCUUCAUGGCUGCUUUAAUUCCCAUUCCAGCUUUACGGGCAUUUUCACUGCAAGCUGCUGUGGUUGUAGUAUUUAACUUUGCCAUGGUUCUGUUAAUUUUUCCUGCUAUUUUGAGUAUGGACCUAUACCGCCGGGAAGAUCGGAGGCUGGAUAUAUUCUGCUGUUUUACAAGCCCCUGCGUCACCAGAGUCAUUCAAAUUGAACCUCAAGCUUAUGCAGAGGCCGGUGAUAACUUACGCUACAGCCCUCCGCCGCCCUACAGUAGCCCCACUUUUGCCCAUGAAACUCAAAUCACAAUGCAGUCUACAGUCCAGCUGCGCACUGAAUACGACCCACACACUCAGAUUUAUUACACCACAGCAGAACCUCGGUCGGAAAUAUCGGUACAACCCGUCACCAUGCCACAAGAUAACCUCAGUUGCCAGAGCCCAGAAAGCACCAGUUCAACCCGGGAUCUUCUUUCUCAGUUCUCUGAAACUACACUGCAUUGUCUUGAGCCUCCCUGUACUAAAUGGACACUCUCCUCUUUUGCUGAAAAACAGUAUGCGCCACUCCUGUUAAAACCAAAAGCAAAGGUUAUGGUCAUUUGUCUUUUUCUGGGCUUACUUGGCCUCAGUCUUUAUGGGACAACUCGUGUGAGAGAUGGAUUGGAUCUCACAGACAUUGUGCCACGGGAGACUCGAGAAUAUGAGUUUAUUGCAGCCCAGUUCAAAUACUUCUCAUUCUACCAUAUGUAUAUUGUUACCCAGAAAGCGGAUUAUCCCAACAUCCAACAUUUACUUUAUGAACUUCACAGAAGCUUCAGCAAUGUGAACUAUGUCUUAUUGGAGGAAAACAAGCAACUUCCUAAAAUGUGGUUGCAUUAUUUUAGAGACUGGCUGCAAGGUCUUCAGGAAGCUUUUGACAAAGACUGGAAAUCUGGGAAGAUCACCCUUCACAGUUACAAAAAUGGAUCUGAAGAUGCUGUUUUGGCUUACAAACUUCUGUUUCAGACUAUUUCAAACAUGCGAGAUAAACCUCUUAACAUGAGCCAGUUGGCUAAACAGCGCUUGGUGGACGCAGAUGGAAUCAUUAACCCAAAGGCAUUCUACAUGUACCUAACGGCCUGGGUUAGCAACGAUCCUGUGGCCUACGCUGCUUCUCAAGCCAACAUCCGGCCCCACCGUCCGGAAUGGGUCCAUGAUAAAGCAGACUAUAUGCCAGUAACCAUCCCAGAAGCUGAGCCUAUUGAAUAUGCUCAAUUUCCUUUCUACCUCAAUGGACUGCGUGAUACCUCUGAUUUUGUGGAAGCUAUAGAGAAAGUGAGAGCAAUCUGCAAUAAUUACACUAGCCUUGGGAUUCCCAGUUAUCCAAACGGGUAUCCAUUUCUCUUUUGGGAACAAUAUAUAAGUCUUCGUCAUUGGCUCCUCUUAUCCAUUAGCGUGGUUCUGGCCUGCACAUUUCUGGUGUGUGCCCUCAUUCUUCUGAACCCCUGGACAGCUGGGAUCAUUGUGGUUGUGCUGGCUCUUAUGACAGUGGAACUCUUUGGCAUGAUGGGUCUAAUUGGAAUAAAACUAAGUGCAGUUCCUGUUGUCAUCCUGAUUGCAUCUGUUGGAAUUGGAGUGGAAUUCACAGUUCAUAUUGCUUUGGCAUUUCUAACAGCGAUAGGAGACAAAAAUCGAAGGACUAUCCUUGCAUUAGAACACAUGUUUGCACCUGUGUUGGAUGGCGCUGUGUCUACACUACUUGGUGUAUUAAUGCUUGCAGGAUCUGAAUUUGACUUUAUUGUCAGGUACUUCUUUGCUGUUUUGGCAAUUUUAACUAUCUUAGGCGCUUUGAAUGGAUUGGUGUUGCUUCCUGUUCUUCUUUCUCUAUUUGGACCAUAUCCUGAGGUUUCUCCAGCUGAUGGAAGGAGCAGACUACCUACCCCUUCUUCUGAACCUCCCCCAAGCAUUGUGAGGUUUGCUGUUCCACCAACUCAUGGUCAAAAUGGCUCAGAUACAUCCGAUUCAGAAUACAGUUCUCAGACAACAGUAUCAGGAAUCAGUGAGGAACUACAUCAGUAUGAGGGCCCCCAGAGAACUGGGGCCCCAGCCCAUCAAAUCAUUGUUGAAGCAACUGAAAAUCCAGUGUUUGCCAAAUCCACAGUGAUCCAACCAGAAGCAAGCUAUUAUCCAUCAAGCCCAAAGCUACAAUCUAAUCAAGACCGUGGGACCCAACAAACUUGGCAUAAAAGCAAGAAAUUGAAAAGAGAACCAAGGGAAGGACUUCAACCACCCCCUUACCGGCCACGUAGAGAUGCCUUUGAAACUUUUACUAAGGGGCAUUCCUGUUCUAGUAACAGGGAUUGCUCUGGUCAGAGAACUCGUUCUCAGAACAUCAGAAAUCCAGCCUUUACUGCCACAGGCUCUUCUGUGCCGCCAUGCUGCCAGCCUAUCACUACUGUGACUGCUUCAGCUUCAGUUACUGUAGCUGUACAUCCUGCUGGGCAUAGCCACAAUCCUCACGGAGGAAGCUGUCCAGCCUGUGAGAGACACCAUGAAGCCGAGCAUGGACAAUUUGAGGAUCCUCAUGUGCCAUUUAAUGUCCGGUGUGAGAAGAGGAACUCUAAAAUAGAAAUCAUAGAACUGCAAGAUGUUGAAUGUGAAGAAAGGACUCAUGGCAAGGGCUCAGAUUAAGGGAAAUAACUGAAGCAAAGAAGAGGCCAAAGAUGGGAGACCUCGUCUUUCCAGAAACGCUUGAAGAGAAACUACUUCAAGUUAUUUGGGGGAGGGGGCAAUGCUGCACCAGGACAAAUAUUCCCCUUUACUGUAAACUAUUGUAAAAUUUUGUGAAUUAUUUCUAUAAAUAUUUAAAAGAUGUACACAUCUGUAAUAUACGAGAGGAACUGUGUAAAGUAGUAUAAUCUGGAGUUGUGUUAAGCUCCUGUUUAACAGAGUGGGGACUGUUGUUUGUGCUCUGUACUUACUGUACGUUGAUUUCUAUGCCACAAUUAAGCUUAAACUAGUCAUAAAUUUCAGCAUCUGUUGCUGCUGCUUAAAUAUUGUAUGAUUUACAUGUAUAAUUCUAUGCAAAUAUUGCUAAUGUAUUAGGAUAUUUUUGUGUAAAGGUUCAUAAAUAUAUAUAUAUAUAUUUGUGUGUGUGUAUGAGAGAGAGAAUGUGUGGUAAACUAUUUUAAAAAUUUUCAUAUCACAGCCCUGUGGUAGUAUGAAAUACUUCUGUUAACUUUCAAACACGCUAUGCGUGAUAAUUUUUCUUUUCUGUUUUUUUCCUUAAUGAGCAGAUAUGAAGAGCAGUGUGUUUAACGCUGAUGACUGAAGUAGGCAUAGCUGUGUGGUUUGUGUACUAUAACUGUUUUGUGGAGAACAGAUUAUUGUGAACAUCUAACAUAUGCCCUGCUGAAAUGAAUGUAGCACUGAAAGUAUGUGACUUACCUAUAAUUCACAUAUCUAAUGAAUGGCUCACAUGUAAGAGCUUUGGCCAGAAAAUUAUAUGUUGUAUAAUCCCUUUUGCCUUUAAUAACCUACCAGUGCUGGCUAACACUACGAAUUUGUACUUUUCAGUUCAACCAGCAUUAAUGCAAGGUUUCAUGGGUGAGCAAAUGUUUGUAAGAUUGCAAUUAGUCAAUAAUAAUUAAUUAACAAAAUUCCACAUUCAGUCUAAACAACUGGCUCUGUGACAAACCACCAGUAAUAAUAAUGGAGUUUAACAAUUAUUAAUACCAUCACACACAAAAAAUAGGAGUGGAAUGAUUGGGAGGCAGCAUUUGUAGGUUCUAGGCUUCUGAUGUGUUGUACUUGGCCUUGAGCAAACUGCAGAAACUGCCUCUGCUGACUGCACUGUGGCUAUAUCUCCAGUGAGAAUAAAAUAGCCUCUUGUCCUUAUUGCAUCAUCCCACCUACUCAAAACAGAAUAAAAAUGAGAUGCUGGGAGCUAAAUGGUAAAAAGUUUGGUGUGUUUUAGAACUGCACUUCAUCAUCAUGAUGAUCAUAGAUGGUCAUGGCUGCAAUAUGCAACACAACUGAUGAAUUUAAUCUUUUUUGUUCCAACAUUUUAUGAAACCUUCAAGUUAGUCAAAAGAACAUUUCCAUUCAGGUUAUCAGAUCUGAAAACAUGUCCCUUUUAAUAUUGUCUUCUCCAGGCUGGCAACCCUGGUGUUAUAGGUCUUUUAAUCAGAAAGAUACCAGGCUGAGAAAUACAUCUUAAGUAUUGAUCAUUUAGAUGUUUAAAGAACAGUAUUUUUCAAAUUUGUAAUAAUGAAAAGUUGCCAUAUUAUACACAUCCCAGCAAGAAAGUAAUUCAACACUAUUUUUAUGGCUUUCAUUUCUCAGAGUGAAGGGGGGGGAUGAGGUUAAUUUUCUCUGCUGUGUCCUGAUCUCAUGAAAAGAGGAAUUCCUGCGUUUCUUCCACAUGUUGCAUGAGCUGCCCUUACAACAUCAUCAUCCACCACUAAGAGAAUUCUCCUUUUCAACAAAACUUUGAGGAGCAUGAGAGACAACAUGCAAACAGAUCUCCUACAUAUAAUUUGAGUUAAAGCAGGAUUAUAUGCAGUGAUAAAAUACACUCUGAUAGCAUUUGAAAGCAGUUUCUUGCUGGUGCAUAGCUCAGCAAAUACUCUUCUGAACAAACCUCAGUGAGUGAAAGCUAAUGCUUUUAUACAAUGCAUGUUAAAUUUGAGACUUGUGCUUAUCCAUCAGCACUCAUCAGAUAUUUAAUAAGUUCUGGCGCAAUUGAUUUUAUCAAAUUAGCUAAGAGCAGCUAUGUCUAAAAAAAACCCCAUAUAUUUAAGCGAUUUUGCAUCAAGCAAUAUCUAAAUUCAGUUUGACUUAACUUUUGUAAGAAGCAGUGUCAUACAGACAAACCUUGGUAACUAGAUUGCGUGGACCUGAUAUGAUUAUUUCCGUAAUUAAUCUCCCUAUUUAGUCACUGUUUAAAUAGAGCAAUACCUGUCUUUUGCUCAGUUUCUCAUUUCUCCCUGUUAUAUAUAUGUCAUUAUAAUACAUUAACCAGCAUGGCCCUUUCAGCUCCAACAUUAGAAAUACAUUAAGGCAAAAUAGUUGUGGUAUCUGUCUAAUCUGAAUUUUCUGAAGAGCAACUGGGUAGCUCAUUGUUUCUGUGGUGCGAAAGGCAGGAAAUCUCACUCUGUAUGGCUAUUUGGCAACAGAAGCAUCUAAAUUAUGGUAAAGUUAGAUAAUUAUAAAGAGAAACAAUCUUGCAAAGUUGAUACCAAUUGUAAGCUUAUAUUCUCUGUCAGGUACUGGUGACUCAGAAGUUAUGACAGUUGCUUAUUUGCUUUGUGUUAUUUUUUAAGAAAGAGGGAGAAAGUGAGCAAGUACAAGAAUGUAGUUUUCAGUAGUCCUCACCUUAACUUUCCUCGGUGUGUGUGUUUGUGUGUCAGAGAGAUAUUUUUGCCUUUUUAUUUUGUGAGAUUGCCUACUCCCUAGGGCAUAGUAUAACCAUUUUCUCUUGUCACAUUGGCAAAAGAUUUCAGUGAUCAGCUCUUCUAUGUUUUUAAAUGAUAAAUUGUUGAUAUUUAUAUUUUUGUAUCAUAAGAAUGUUUUCUUACAGUAUUUGUCAUGCCAGUUUAUAACAAACAAAAUGCAGGGAUUUUAUUUCUAUUGAAAACACUAUUACAGCUAUGUUUUUACUUUUUAAUUGAAAUCUUUAUUUGUAUAGAAUGCUUACUAAUGUUAAAUAGGAAGAGAGUAUAUAACAUUUACAUUAAGAACUCAUUCAGUAGGGUUUUUUUUAGAGUGAGAAGUCGAAAGGAAAAAAUAUUCAGACUGGUUCUCAUUGCCUGUUUUUAGCAGGAAUGGGUUUGUAUUUCAGUUACAA